CCUCCAAUCAUUCCCAGCAGCCUUCUCCGCCUCCCUUUUUUCUGCUCUCUCCAGAAACACACCCCUUUGCCUAGGUCUACCUGCCUGUCAUCCCCAACGCAUCUUUUUCCUUUCUCCUCAUUUGGGUUGCAGGGAGCCGUGGGCACCGCCUGGGAUCCCUUCCAACACCCUGCCAUCUUCUCCCUCUGGAUCCUGGUCUCUUUUCCUCUCAAACAGCUCCCUGGUCCACCAUGGCGUUGCUCCCAACGCUCCCGGGUGCCGGUCCGCGGCGUGGCAGCAUGCCCUUGCCCAUUAAGCACCAGUUGGUGAGAGCCUCGGCUGUGGAUGAACUGGACUCUCCGCCAAGCUCCCCAGAGGUGGGCAGCCGUGCAGGGGUCAGUCCGGCCGGAGGGAGAGGACCAUACAAAGUCAUGCUGCUUGGCGAGAGCGGCGUUGGCAAGACGGCCUUGGCUGCCAUCUUCGGAGGCCUGAAAGGUAGCGUUCAUCACGAGGAGGAGAGCACAGAGGAUUCUUAUGAACGAAGAUUUUGUGUAGAUGAUGAAGAAGUCAUCCUGAUUUUAUACGAUAUCUGGGACCAGGCAGAUCCUGGAGGAUGGAUGCAGGAGUCCUGCUUGCAAACGGGAGAUGCCUUCUUGAUGGUUUUCUCGGUGACAGAUCGGCGGAGCUUCACCCGGGUGCCGCCCAUCCUCUUGCGCCUGAGAGCGGGGUGCCCAAGGACCGACCCUCCCAUCAUCCUGGUGGGGAACAAGAGUGACUUGGCCCGGUCUCGAGAAGUCUCACGAGAAGAGGGUCGCAGCCUGGCGGUCAUGAUGAACUGCAAGCACAUCGAAACCUCAGCCGCAUUGCACCACAACACGGAGGAGCUCUUUGAGGGCGUCGUGCGCCAAAUCCGGUUGCGCCACCACCGGCGUGAGGCGGCCGAGGGCCUCGCCAAGGAGGGAGCUGGGGGCCGCCGCGAGAGCCUCACCAAGAAAGCCAAACGCUUCCUCUCCAGCCUGGUGCCGCGCAACGGACGCUUCUUCAAGCAGAGGUCCAAAUCCUGCAACGACCUUUCCGUGCUAUGAGUUCUGGGGCAUCUCCUCCUUCUGGAAGAAUCGAGAAAGCGUUGCGUCAUAUACUUUCCCCGAACCUCGGGUCAGGAUCGUGGCCAUAACAAAACUCAACAAGGAACUGUUCUUGAGCAUCGCAAGACUGCCAGGUUCCUCUUGGGUCCAGCUCUCCUGUCAUGGUUGGACAAGCUUUUGCCCUCUUCACCACAUUGGGUGGUGAGGAGGACCUUUUACAACAUGAAUCCAGUUUGAUUUGAAUGCUUCUAAAGAAAAGUUAGAAACAACAACAUGUUCUCCAGACUCAAGGUGCCUCUCGUUCCUUUCCAUAUAUACUUAUAUGUGUGUAUUUUCUUGGCACCAGUAUGAGAUAUUCUUUUCCUUCUCCGUUGUAAUUUCAAGCGUCAUCUUUGAGGGCAUCAGAAAGGUACCCGACCCAGACGAAAUGCUUCGCUCGAGAGACUCAGGACUUUGUUCUUAAUUUGUGUUUCCUUCUUGUCUGUCACACUCAGGUGCCCUUGCUCUCUUUGGGGAGAUUUCUUUCUUUUUCUUUGGGGGCACUGGAGCUCAAAUGACGUGUUUGUCCACUGUACCGGUUGUGAGCCAAUGGUCUAGACUUUUUCUCAAAGCCGUUCCUUGUCGUGCUCUUGAGCUAUGAUCUUAGUAUUUUUUUUAAUAUUCAAGGAACGCCAUUUAAUUUUCAAUCCACCACUAUUUGGAGAGUGAUGGGAAAUGUCAUGUGCUUGUGCGAGAAGACAUUUUUCUUUCCCCCGCAUUUGUGUGAUUCACCU